AAAACCUCAUUUCCCAUUUUUUUCAAAUUGUUUAACCCACUUUUCACUUUCUCUCUCUAGACCCAAAGCUGUAAAACACAACAACACUCCACCACCACUUUACAUUCCAAAGUCGCAAUACUCGCAACCCAACUUCUCUCCCUCUCUAUACUAGUCUCAUGGCAUUUGCCGCUCUCCUUUACCACCUCCACCACCUCCCCCUCCUUUACUUUUCUCUCUCCUCCUCCUCCUCCUCUUUCUCUCUCUACACUCCCUUCAAUUCUCCUCCCACUCCCACACACCACUUCUGAUACAAACUAUACAUAUACUGAUAUACAUAUAUAUAUAUAUAUAUAUAUAUGGGUUAUCUCUCAUGUAACGCAGAGUCUGCGAUCGCCACUUGCGAUCCAUACUUGGCGAAGAAACAGAGAAACGCUCAUAAGAAAAAGAAUACAUUCGUGAUCAGAGAGUUCUCGUACCUCGAUCUCCAAUCAGCCACCAAUGGCUUCUCCUCCGAUAGCUUUCUCGGCAAAGGCAGCCACGGCUCCGUUUACAAGGCCGUCCUCGACGACGGCAAGCUCAUCGCCGCCGUCAAGAAGACCACGGCGACGGACACCGUCAACAGUCCUGCGGAGAACGAGAUCGAGAUUCUAUCGAGAAUCCGGAACCCUAGGCUGGUCAAUUUGUUAGGGUUCGGUGUUGAUUCGAGUGAGAGGAGAUUGAUUGUGGUGGAGUUCAUGCCAAACGGGUCCUUGUACGAUUUGCUCCAUAAUGUCGCCAGACCGCCCGGUUGGGCUCGGCGAGUCCGGUUCGCGUUACAGGUCGCGAAAGCGGUUCAGUACUUGCAUUCGUCGAACCCGCCGGUUAUUCACCGAGACAUUAAGUCGUCCAACGUGUUGAUCGACGGUGACUGGAACGCUCGGCUCGGCGACUUCGGAUUGGCGCUGAGGGGACACGUGGAGGACGUUCGCGUCAAGUGCACGCCUCCGGCGGGGACGUUAGGGUAUCUCGACCCGAGCUAUCUUGCGCCGGGGGAUCUCAGCACCAAGAGCGACGUCUUCAGCUUUGGUAUACUGUUGCUGGAGAUGAUCAGCGGCCGGAACGCCAUUGACAUGAACUACAGCCCGCCGUCGGUGGUGGACUGGGCGGCGACGCUUAUCAAGGGAUGUGACUUCGCCGGACUUUGCGACCCGAGGAUCGGGCCUCCGGUUGACGCGGCGGUGGUUCGGCAGCUGGCGGUGUUGGCCGCCAGGUGUGUCAAAUCGGCGGCGGAGAAGAGGCCGGAGAUGUCCGCCGUCGUGGAUUGCUUGAGAGUCGUCGAGAAGAAAGUGAAGUCGCCGAUUUGGAACAAUAUAAACCGCCGCGUGAUGAGAUCGUCGACUUUGAUUAAAUACGAACCGUUGGAUGAUAGUACCGAAAUGAUCAAGACAUCGAGAGUCGGGAGUAGAAGAAACAGGAAAGUAUCAAGUGUUCCGGGUGUAGAGUUAGCGAGUAAAGCAAUUGGUACGUGUAACGAUCGUGUGGGCCAUAUUGUGCCUAGAUCUAAGUCGGUUGGAUCUGUUAGGGAGAUCAAAACGGCGACGCACGAUUCGAAUUUGGGAGGUUGCAAGAGAAGGGGUGGAUUGGCUGUGAAGAGGCCUAUAGUAAGACUGAGCAAGUCUAGAUCGAUGGGGAUGUUGCAAGGCACGUGCCUUGGAAACAAUAAUGGGUGUAGUAUGUUGCAGAUUAAGAGGAAUUCUAGUGUUGGAGAAUUGGAGGAAUUCAAUUUCUUGAUCGAGUUGGAGGAGGAUUUGGUAGAAGAGCCCAAGAAGAAUAUUCAUUGAAAAAAAACAGUUGAUUUUAACCUCAAAUGUAACAAUUUGUAACUCUAGUUUUACUCAUUAAAAAACUGGAUGUUGUAACAUUUAUUAUAUAUUUAUAUGUUAUAACUUUAUAUUGCAAUUGUUGUAUUAAAAGUAAUGGAUUAUUGUACCAA